AUGAUCGACAACGAACGAGGUCGCGUUACCAAAAGAGCGCCCAAGCCUUGCGGCAAGCGCCACCACCAUCGCGCUGCCUCUCACAUCGCCCGCGGCGGCAAGAUUACCACUGAUGACUACGCCAAACCUCUGCUUCUACCUCGUCGUAUCCUCUGGUGCAGAAGGGAAGGUGAAGCUGAGAAAUGGCUCCGCCGCACCCGCCUUCCCUGGUGGUUCUUUGGAUCUUUCAUCAAUUUCUGCUGGCGGUUUAGGAGCGGUGACUAUGGCCUAACACAGUGUUUGAGGAGUUAUCCCAUGGACGAGCAAGUGCUGAUCGAGUCAAUGGAAGAAUAUCUUCAUGAUUGGAUCGGAGAGGAAGGUAUGGAUCACACAGUCAUAGUCGAUCUCUAUGAGCUCGAACACCACAGACAUCCUGCCUACUUCCUCGAGAAAGCACAACGAGAUCUUCUCUUCCUAGUUCAGCACGCCCCAGAGAGAAACCACUUUUAUCUGAUGCAGAGGCGUAAGUUGGGCAUGCUCAGCGAAGAAGAUAAAGAGUUCUUGCGCAUCAACCCUACUGGCUGGCCUUCCUUCACCCUGCCUAUUCGAUCUGGUGUCUCUCAUUCCGUCAUAGAUCUGGCCCACGCUCCGCGCGUAUCCACCAUCAAGCCUUCUCAACAGCUUCAGGAUGACAAAGCCUUGAGACCCGAUGCAGUUGUCGUCCCUGCUCCUGAGCCCAAAACGGAGCCAUCAGCUGCCAACUCUGCUGAUUCUCAGACCUUCACCAUGGCUCUCCGUCCUAACCCUCGAAGAUCUAUCAGAGCUGCUCCCGAGCCGGCUGAAAACUACCACGGCUUUCUGGUGCUUCGCUCUCAAACUCGCAUCAAUCGCGCAAACUUCUUCGGACGCUAG